AUGCCACAGGCCAAAACCAUUGCGAUCGUCAAUGCCACCGGCCGUCAAGCCGCGUCCCUCAUCCGUGUCGCUGCGGCCGUCGGAUAUGAUGUGCGCGCGCAGGUCCAUACCCUCGAGGGCGUCAUCCCACAGGAUACCGUCCCCGGUGCAGGCGCUGUGAGCGCAUUACAGCCUUCCCCGGCUCUAUCUCUCCUCGCGAUUGCACACGCAUCUGGAGCCCUAGUCAUUCAUAACCUAGAAGGCAUCGAGGUCCUGUUCGGACAGAUGAAAGCGCCGUAUUUCCCGAACCCAGAGUUUCAUACUCCUGCACGGACGUCUCUUGAGCCAGGGCCGGACGGUGUCAUCCCACUGCCUGUCGUGGAGGAGGCGCGCAGCCUGUGGGAGGGAUGGAGGAGCAUGGAGGAGUAUGCGCGAGAGGCCUUUCCGGUCGAGGAGGAGGCCAAUGGCCUUGACUGGAUGCUGUGA